CUGUUAAUGGAGACGAUUAAGAACAUUGUACAUAAAAACAAAGGAACCUUUCUCACCUUCACUGAAGAGACCAUCAGACCAAAGUCUGAACACAUCAAACCAGCUUUAAACCUGGUUCUGUGUGAGAGGAGAGAAGCAGGGAAGACUUCAGCAGCCAAGGCCAUUUUAGGUCAGACAGAGCUUAAUUUAUUCUCCAACUCAUCAUAGUGUGUUAAACAUCAGGGAGAGGUGUGUGGACGUCGGGUUUCCCUGGUGGAGCUGCCUGCCUUGUAUGGAAAACCUCAGGAGGCAGUUAUGGAGGAAUCAUUCAGGUGUAUCUCCCUCUGUGAUCCUGAGGGUGUCCAUGCCUUCAUCCUGGUCCUACCUGUGGGUCCCCUCACUGAUGAAGACAAGGGAGAGUUAGAGACCAUCCAGAACACAUUCAGCUCUCGAGUCGAUGACUUCACCAUGAUUCUGUUCACUGUGGAGUCAGAUCCUGCAGCUCCAGCUGUUGUUAACUUUGUAAAAGGAAACAAGGAGCUCCGUCAGAGCUGUGGAGACAGAUAUGUUGUUCUCAACAUCAAGGACAAGCAGCAGAUCCCAGAGCUGUUGGACAUGGCGGAAAAAAUGAGACUGAGACCCUAUAAAGACAAACCACUCUGCUACACAACAGAAACAUUUGCAUAUGCUCAAACAGCAAAGAUCAUACAACAAGAGAAAAACAUCACCACACUACAGGCUGAACUUAAGGACCUGAAAACAAAGACCACAGUCAGCUGUGAGGAUGAGGAGCAGAGCCCAGAGAGUCUCAGGAUUGUGCUGAUAGGGAAGACUGGCAAUGGGAAGAGCACUUCAGGAAACACCAUUCUAGGAAGAAGAGAGUUUAGAGCUGAAUCAAGCCAAACAUCAGUCACCAAACGUUGUCAGAAAGCACAGAGUGAAGUGAACGGCCGUCGGGUCGUUGUGGUCGACACACCUGGUCUGUUUGACAAUAGUUUGACCCACGAAGAGGUUAAUGACGAGAUGGUGAAAUGCAUCAGUCUUCUGGCUCCAGGACCACAUGUCUUCCUGUUGGUGUUACACAUUGGCAGACUGACACCAGAGGAGAAGGAAACAUUAAAACUCAUCAAGGAAGUCUUUGGGAAGAAUGCUGAAAAGUUCACCAUCAUUCUUUUAACUGGAGGAGAUAAACUGGAACGUGAGGAGAAGUCCAUUGAUGAGUACAUUGCAAAAGGGUGUGAUGAUUCCUUUAAGAAGCUGAUUGCUGACUGUGGAGGAAGAUACCAUGGGUUUAAUAACUUUGAUGAAAGAAACCGCACACAAGUCCGUGAGCUGAUAACCAAGAUUGACACCAUGGUGAAGGAAAAUGGAGGCAGCUGCUACACCAAUGAGAUGCUGCAAGAGGCUGAGGCAGCUAUAAAGAAAGAAAUGGAGAGGAUCCUGAAGGAGAAGGAAGAAGAGAUGAAGAGAGAGAGGGAGGAGCUUGAAAGACAACAUGAAGAAGAAAUGGAAGCAAUGAAAACUAGAAUGGAAGAACAAACAGCAGAAAUAGAACAGGAGAGAAAACUGAGAGAAAAACAACUUGAGGAAAAGGAGGAGAAGAUCAACAAGGAACGUGAGGAGAGAAGAAAAGAACAGGAAAAGAGAGAAGAGGAGGACAAAACAAAGAAAAGAGAGGAAGAACUUCAACAACAGGAGUGGGAGCAAAAAUGUAAACAUCUUGAGGAAAAAAUAAAGUCAGAAUCAAAGGAAAAGGAAACCAUUGACAGAGAGUUGGAGGAGAGCAGAGAAGAGGUGAGAAAGCAACGAGAGCGCUGGGAGAAGGAAAGAAAAGAGUGGUGGGAGAAACGAAAUCAAGAAAAUGAAGAGAGACGCCAUGAGGAGCAAACAAAACUUAGAAAGCUCCAAGACGAAUAUGAGCAGGAAAGAGAAAAAUCUGAAAAGAAAAGAAAAGAAGAAGAUCGAAACAGAAGAGAACAGGAGGAGAAGGAGCGAAAAGAGUUAGAGGAAAAGUAUAAGACAAAACUGGAGGAAAUGAAGAAGAAAUAUGAAGAGGAGGCCAGAAAACAAGCCGAAGAGUUCAAUGAGUUCAGACAGAAAUACACCAAAGACUUUUCAGCGUUGGUAGACAAACACAUGGAGGAAAUAAAGGACAUAAAGCAAAAACAUGAGAGAGAAAUGCAAGAGACAGGAGGGAGACAUGAAAAACAGUACAAUCUGUUACAAGACCUCUCAAGUCACAAAGAAAAAAAUCUAAAAGGAGAAAUGGAAGACUUGAAGAAAAAGCACGAACAAGAAAUAAAUGAACUAAAACAGAAAUACAAAGACAAAUGUAUCAUCCUCUGAUCUCCCACUGAUUGAUGUUUUGCUUUUUCCUUUUUUUCUGGACCACAUGAGCAUGCUCAGCAGGAACUCCUCUGACAUCUGAUGAGUCCCUGCCUCGCUAAUGACGUUUUCUCAAAACAUUCAUGGACACGAGCAAUAUCAAAAUAAUGUUAAUCAUGGACUUCAGCAGCAGAACGCUGUCGCAGCAUCUCGUUCGCUUGAAAUGAAGAGCUGCUUGGAGGAAGUUUUCCAAAA